AACCCACGAUCCUCCAGUCCUCUGUUCUCAUGUAAUUUCUGCUGCGGCUCCUUUUGGCUUUGUCGCUGUCACGCACCUCUCCACGCUCUUCUCCUCUCUUCUUCUCUCUUGUUUACUUGUUGUCUUCCUCCCUCCGCCCCCGCGACGUCACGCUCCUUUUCUUCUCCCUCCGAGUGUUCCAAGCCUUCUUCCUCCUCCGCUCCAGGUAGACUGCUUCCUCGCCGCGGCUGGAUCAGUAGGAAAAACAUGGCAGAAGCAACUGCUGGUUCUACCAACAAAGCUGUACGGCAAUACGGGCCAGGGGACUGAUACUAACCAGAGGACUUAUUUCAGUCUUUAUGCAAAUCAAUCCUGCACAGCCCUCGACAAAACUAGACCCAUGUUUUAUGUAUGAUUGCUCGCAGCACAACUAACUAACAAAAGGUGAGGUGUGCUGCCAAUGAAGACAAGAGGCAUCGGUUUCUUGCUCACAUGCCACGCAAGGAGAACAGGCAGACAGUUGAUCUAGCAGAUGCUAUCGCAAGAGAGAAUGAGUGUUUACUCAUUAAAAGGUUCGAAAGGUCCAGUGUUUCCUCUCCGAUCAAUCCUCGUCUUCUUCAUUGCAUUAUUUGGCUUCUACGUCUGCUACUUCUCCUUUAAUCAGUUAACUUUCGAAAAUGAAGAAAAAAUGACAAACGAAGAAGAACAAACAAAAAGUAUUUGCAGUAAACCUGCAGUUCCGCAUGAGCAGAGGCGAUAUGUGCACUUCCCAAAGCCUAUGACUUAUGACAGGGGCGAAUGCGCAUGUACCCCGGUCCGUUUCUUUGUUAUUGUGUCUAUGCAGAGAUCAGGAAGUGGGUGGUUUGAGACUCUGUUGAACAGCCAUCCUAAUGUCAGCUCAAAUGGUGAAAUCUUCUCUGUUAGAGAUAGAAGAGAAAAUAUCUCAACUAUUUUGAGGACUCUUGAUAAACUGCAUAGCAUGGACUGGCUCACUAGUGCAGCAAAAAAUGAAUGCACAUCAGCAUUUGGAUUGAAGUGGAUGCUAAAUCAGGGACUCAUGGAGCACCAUGAAGACAUUAUUGAUUAUUUAAACAGAAAAGGGGCUAUGGUGAUACUUCUCUUCAGGAGGAAUACAUUACGGAGGCUUAUCUCUGUGUUGGCUAACAACCAUGAUAGGAGAACAAAGCAGUUGAAUGGCAUUCAUAAAUCACACGUCCACUCAAAAGAGGAGGCUGAGAUACUAGCGAGAUUCAAGCCAAAGAUGGACGUGUCAACUCUAAUCCCAAGCAUCAGAAACGCUGAACAUUCCAUGAGAACUUGCUUGGGCCACUUCAGCAAGACACGCCACAUGAUCCUCUACUAUGAGGAUGUGAUCAGCGACAAAAAUGCACUGUCUCGAGUGCAGGAAUUCCUUGGAGUUCCGGUGACGAAGCUGUCCAGCCAGCAUGUGAAGAUCCACACCCGCCCCCUCCCGGACCUCGUCGAAAACUGGGAGGAUGUGAGCGACAUGCUGAACGGGACGAAGUACGCUCGGUUUCUUGAUGAUGCAGACUACGUCAAGUGAUGGUUUCUAGUUCAGGGCCAAACGGGUCAUGGAUAUAGUUCCAGUUUUAAAGAGUUCAUAAAUAGAUUUUUCCUCUUUUUGGCCCCCACAAAAAGAGUGCGUAAGAGGGUUGCAGUUUCGACAGCGUUGUUUGUAGGCAGGAGGUUUACAGAAGGGAUGAGGGAAGCAGAGAUUAUAAAAAUUGAGGCGUUCAUUUUCCGCCUUUUAGAUUCUGUGUAUAGAUUUUUCUGGGUUUUUGGGUGUCCUCCAAAGGUGGCUCGCAAUUGAGCUCCAUUUCCGAAAUUCUUCCAAGAAAACCGCAAUGAGCAGAUAAUCAGAUGCCGUUUGAUACUUGUAGUUA